CCACUGUCGCUCCCCCGCCCCCAAACACACUCCUCGCCGCGCUCCUCCAAACAACCGCGCGCUUCCUUUGCUCCUAGACUUUAUUGGUGUUUGACUUAUUUAAGUCAUUCUGCCUCCUCUGGUCUCAGAGUAAAAUUGAUUCCGUGAGCAUUAGAUCGGGCAUGCAAAUUCGUCUUUAAAGGAACCCUUAAAUUCCUAGCAACAUUCUCCGAGAUAGUAAGGACCCGACACAAACUCCACCUACUACCUUCGUCUUUUCUUAAUCUUUCGGUAGAGGGUCUUUAUUUUGACAGUGUGAAAUACAUGAGAAGUGGGCUUCGGUUCGAAAUACACCACCAGCCCUGAGAUCUGACUUGGCAGACUGCGGUGGUCAUGAGUGAGAACCGGGGAAGCCUCACGCCCGGGAAUGGCAGGGAGGAUCACGAGGCACAAAGUCAAAAGGAGAGAAAAGAGGUUAAGCAUACUCGGUACACAAAGUUGCCAUUAAAGUUUAUUUCCCUUAUAUCCAGAUAGGUGACGCUACACUUUGCCGGUUACUAAAAGCUGCAGGCUCUGCUUAGAAAAUAAUACCCAGGCUUCUAGCAUGUGUUUUAUUCCCCAGGCGCGUGCACACACGGUCUAUCCCCAGUGAGAGCCGGAUGACAGGAAUUCCAAGCAUUUAAACAAAGGCAGGCAUUCUCCCCUCCCCAACCCAGACCUCCAAAGUCUGGGCUCCAAAAAAGGAUCCUCUCUGGCUCUCGUUGGAGUUUGAUGCUCUCUCUUCACUACUGCAGCCCGUCACGGUUUGGCAGAACACAAGCUUGGCUUUCGGAACUCAGACAUCGACCUCAGCCUACCAGUAGCAAUUCACUAACCCAGAUGCUAAAUUGCGAAACGAAGACACGUUGCGGGUGGGAGUUGGGGCGGGAGGGGGGCAUCGUCUGAGGGUAGACGUGGGAGGAAGGUAUACUAACACCCUCACUUCAGCUCUUACCCACGCAGCCGGGUUUAGUCUACCAGCCCUAGAGGGGGAAAAAGAAUCACCCCACCCCCACCCAAACUGCCUAAGGAGACUAGACUUUGGCUUAUCGGGGCUGAGAUUGGGCAGUUCUCAGUCGGCCCCACGAAGCGAAGCCUGGCUUCGGUGAGCGCCGCGGCUGGCUAGUCCUUCCUCCCGCCUCCCUUCCCUGGGCCCUCCUCCCUGGUUCUCUGCAACUGUGUAGUUUCGGAUACCGCCGCCGCCGCUGCAGCGUCGGAGUCAAGUCUGACUCCGGAGCCCGCGGGCUUUCCGCAACAACCACCAGUUUAUGCAAACUUGCGGGUUUCCGGCUAGUGGGUAGCGAGAGUAGGAGCUUCCCCGGAGCGAUUCGGUGUCUCGGAACAGCCACAGCCAGAGAGGCGGCGGGAGCGCGCGCACCAGACUCUGCUAGACGCGAAAGCGGACGAGACAACUGCGGAAUUCACCCGCCGCGCCAGGGCACUUCCGAGACAACAGCCGACUGGCACUUUUUCUCCCUUUGGCAAACUAGAUUUUUUUUUUUUAAGCUACUUGGCAGCUCUGUUUGACUCCACCUCCCCCUCCACCCCCGCCCCAGUGGCUUUGGCUUUUCUUUGGAAAUCCGGACAGAAUUGGGCAUCUUUGUUAAUUGCCGUUAGGAGUGCCCGGUCGUGAGCUUUCACCGGGCCAGUGUCGCGCGGAUGCACGGAGCCAGGCUUGCUCACCUUUGAACUGCAAAGGGAUCAAGUUCAGCUCGAGUUCCCCGCAUUGAGACUGGAAGAAGCUGAGAGACUGUGCUGGAGAGAGUGAGAGAGGGGGGGAAAGGGGAAAGGAGAGGAGGGAGGAGAGAGAAGAGGAGGGAGGAGAGAAAGAGAAGGAGGGAGGGAGGGGAGGGAUCGAGAGAGAGCGGGGAGAGAGAGAGAGGCUGCAAUCUCCUCCCUGAAUCGCGCACAGCGCUGCAGAUCCCACUGCUCCAACACGCGGGCCGAAUGCAGGUGAGGGAAGGCACGGACUCUGCGGCUGAGAAUCCAAACUUGGGCACCGCGCGGUGCGCACGGUUCGGCUCUCGCCCCCGCGGGCGAAUGGUUGCUGCGGUUUCAGGCGGCGGCUUCGUGACUAAUGACCUUGCGCAGAGUUGUUAAGAAAAAAAGAGAAACCGGAGCUCUUCGGGGUGAGAAGCGACCGACUCUGGGCGUCUCUGAAGAUGGCUCGGGCUGCUCUUUGGCGCGCCGGGAGCACCCGGUCGCGGACCGAGCUGUGACGCGAGGCGUCUUUUCGCUGCACCUUGCCCGAAGCGACCUGCCGUGGAAUUUUUCAUUCAAGAUAUGUUGAGUGGCUUCCCGGCUGCUUAAGAGGAGUCAGAGUUAAGACUGGCUUGUUGCUCGCCCCAGAGCCUGAAGCAGGAAGCGGUUCAGGUUUGUCUGGACCUCGGGAGCCUAAACAGAGCCUGGGUCUAGAGUGAGUAGCUGGAACGUGAAUUGGACUUAACUCGAGUAGCAGUAAGGACUAACGCUGCUGUCAGGCGGGGAAGGCUGCAGGUUUGUUCUAGUCCGCUACCAGGCUCCGCCGCCCUCUUGCAGAAGCGGUUCCGGCCCCUUCCCAGGGCUUGGAGACUGGAUCUCAGUAUCUUCCCACUGCGGGGAUGACUUUGUGGGGGCACCGAGCCCGUGGCGCGCAGUGUCCCGUGAACUGUGAGUACUGCGAGUAAACGGUGGCCGGCGAGCGGGCGAUUAGCACCCAUUGCAUGAAUUAUGAAACAAUAACUUUCGGAAGAAGCAGGAGGAGAAAAAAAGAAGCAUCUCUAGCUGCCCCCCUCCCAUCGGCCGACUCUACGCGCUACUCUGGCCCCCUCCCUCCCCUCCCUCUCGUUUCUUCCUUUCCCGGAGAGGAGGACCGAGGGGAGGGCAGGCGGCCAGCCCCGGAGGAGGGGGGUGCCGAGGGGGGUUGUGGUUAGAAGGAGCAGUAGCAGCAGCAGCAAGAGAAGAUGCUGAGGAUGCGGACCACGGGAUGGGCGCGCGGCUGGUGCUUGGGCUGUUGUCUCCUUCUGCCGCUCUGCUUCAGCCUGGCCGCCGCCAAGCAGCUGCUCCGGUACCGGCUGGCCGAGGAGGGCCCCGCCGACGUGCGGAUCGGCAAUGUGGCCUCGGACCUGGGCAUCGUGACCGGCUCCGGCGAGGUGACUUUCAGCCUUGAGUCUGGUUCUGAGUAUCUGAAGAUUGACAACCUCACCGGCGAGCUGAGCACCAGUGAGCGGCGCAUCGACCGAGAAAAGCUGCCCCAAUGUCAGAUGAUCUUCGACGAGAACGAAUGUUUCCUGGACUUCGAGGUGUCGGUGAUAGGGCCCUCACAGAGCUGGGUGGACCUGUUUGAGGGUCGGGUCAUCGUGCUGGACAUCAACGAUAACACGCCCACCUUCCCGUCGCCGGUGCUCACGCUCACGGUGGAGGAGAACCGGCCUGUAGGCACGCUCUACCUGCUGCCCACGGCCACCGAUCGUGACUUUGGUCGCAAUGGCAUCGAACGCUACGAGCUGCUCCAGGAGCCCGGGGGUGGCGGCGGCAGCGGCGAGGGAAGGCGCUUGGGGCCGGCGGACAGCGCCCCCUACCCAGGGGGCGGCGGGAACAGCGCGAGCGGCGGCGGCUCUGGAGGCUCCAAGCGGCGGCUGGACGCGCCUGAGGGUGGCGGCGGGACGAGUCCUAGUGGCCGAAGCAGUGUGUUUGAGCUUCAGGUGGCAGACACUCCAGACGGCGAGAAACAACCGCAGCUGAUCGUGAAGGGGGCGCUGGACCGGGAGCAGAGAGAUUCCUAUGAGCUGACCCUCCGAGUGCGCGAUGGGGGCGACCCACCUCGGUCUUCGCAGGCCAUCUUGCGGGUGCUCAUCACCGACGUGAAUGACAACAGCCCCCGCUUCGAGAAGAGCGUGUAUGAGGCUGACCUGGCUGAGAACAGCGCUCCGGGCACCCCCAUCCUACAGUUGCGCGCCACCGAUUUGGAUGUAGGGGUCAAUGGACAGAUCGAGUAUGUAUUUGGGGCUGCCACCGAGUCGGUAAGACGGCUACUGCGCCUGGAUGAAACGUCGGGCUGGCUCAGUGUCUUACACCGGAUCGACCGCGAGGAAGUGAACCAGUUGAGAUUCACAGUAAUGGCCCGUGACCGCGGGCAGCCCCCCAAGACUGAUAAGGCCACCGUAGUCCUCAACAUCAAAGACGAGAACGACAACGUUCCCUCCAUCGAAAUUCGCAAGAUAGGGCGCAUCCCACUUAAGGACGGGGUGGCCAACGUAGCCGAAGAUGUCCUGGUGGACACCCCCAUCGCCCUGGUUCAGGUGUCCGACCGUGACCAAGGCGAGAACGGGGUAGUCACCUGUACCGUAGUGGGAGACGUUCCUUUCCAGCUUAAGCCAGCCAGCGACACAGAAGGCGAUCAAAACAAGAAAAAGUACUUCCUGCACACAUCAGCCCCACUAGACUAUGAGACCACCCGGGAGUUCAACGUGGUCAUAGUAGCUGUGGACUCUGGCAGUCCCAGCCUCUCCAGCAACAAUUCCUUGGUGGUCAAGGUGGGAGACACUAAUGACAACCCUCCUGUCUUUGGCCAGUCUGUGGUUGAGGUUUACUUUCCAGAGAACAACAUUCCCGGGGAGAGGGUAGCCACAGUGCUGGCGACAGAUGCUGACAGCGGGAAGAAUGCAGAGAUCGCCUAUUCACUGGACUCCUCAGUGAUGGGGACUUUUGCCAUCGAUCCCGAUUCUGGAGACAUCCUGGUCAAUACAGUACUGGACCGGGAGCAGACUGACAGGUAUGAGUUUAAAGUUAAUGCCAAAGACAAAGGCAUCCCAGUGCUGCAAGGCAGCACCACGGUGAUUGUACAGGUGGCUGAUAAAAACGACAACGACCCUAAGUUUAUGCAAGAUGUCUUUACCUUUUAUGUGAAGGAAAACUUACAACCCAACAGCCCUGUGGGGAUGGUCACCGUGAUGGAUGCUGACAAGGGACGGAAUGCAGAGAUGAGCCUGUACAUAGAGGAGAACAGUAACAUUUUUUCUAUUGAAAAUGACACAGGGACCAUUUACUCCACAAUGUCUUUUGACAGGGAACAUCAGACUACGUACACUUUCAGAGUGAAGGCUGUGGAUGGGGGAGAUCCUCCCAGGUCGGCCACAGCCACAGUCUCUCUCUUUGUGAUGGAUGAAAAUGACAACGCUCCCACAGUUACCCUUCCCAGAAACAUUUCCUACACGUUGCUGCCACCUUCAAGUAAUGUCAGGACAGUAGUAGCUACAGUGUUAGCGACAGACAGUGAUGAUGGCAUCAAUGCGGACUUGAACUACAGCAUUGUGGGAGGGAAUCCUUUCAAGCUGUUUGAGAUUGAUUCCACCAGUGGUGUGGUUUCCUUAGUGGGGAAACUCACCCAGAAGCAUUAUGGCUUGCACAGGCUGGUUGUGCAAGUGAAUGACAGUGGCCAGCCUUCCCAGUCCACUACGACUUUGGUGCAUGUAUUUGUCAAUGAAAGUGUUUCCAAUGCAACUGUAAUUGACUCUCAGAUAGUCCGAAGUUUGCAUACCCCACUCACCCAGGAUAUAGCUGGUGACCCAAGCUAUGAAAUUAGCAAACAGAGACUUAGUAUUGUCAUUGGGGUGGUUGCUGGCAUUAUGACAGUGAUUCUAAUCAUUUUAAUUGUCAUGAUGGCAAGAUACUGCAGGUCCAAAAAUAAAAAUGGCUACGAAGCUGGCAAAAAAGACCAUGAGGACUUUUUUACACCCCAGCAGCAUGACAAAUCUAAAAAGCCUAAAAAGGACAAGAAAAACAAAAAAUCUAAGCAGCCACUCUACAGCAGUAUCGUCACUGUCGAAGCUUCUAAACCAAAUGGACAGAGGUAUGAUAGUGUCAAUGAGAAGCUGUCAGACAGCCCAAGCAUGGGCCGAUACCGAUCUGUUAAUGGUGGGCCUGGCAGUCCCGACCUGGCAAGGCAUUACAAAUCCAGUUCCCCAUUGCCUACUGUCCAGCUUCACCCCCAGUCACCAACUGCAGGGAAAAAACAUCAAGCUGUACAAGAUCUACCACCAGCCAACACAUUUGUGGGAGCAGGAGACAACAUUUCAAUUGGAUCAGAUCACUGCUCCGAGUACAGCUGUCAAACAAGUAACAAGUACAGCAAACAGGUGGAUACAGUGCAGACCACGAACCCACCUGGCCACAUUGAGGAAUCGUGUAAAAUCAAUCCAUUUCGUAGAGUGACGUUUUCUGUUGUGAGUCAGCCUCAGGACCCACAUCAGGGGUCACUGCAGAGUUGCUAUGACAGCGGGCUGGAGGAGUCAGAAACACCAAGCAGUAAGAGUUCAUCAGGGCCAAGACUGGGUGCCCUUCCACUCCCAGAGGACAACUAUGAGAGGACCACGCCGGAUGGCAGUGUUGGUGAGGCAGAGCAUAUGGAAAAUGGUGUUGCUGUCAUCACUACCUUCCCCUUCCUUCCCUUUCCUCAUGGCAAGACGCAUGGAAGAAGAGUGCUGUUAAGGCCUCUCCAUUAAUCAACAGAUUCAAGGCCUCUUCCGGAUGUAGCGCUGACCGGCAAGUGCACCCGUGAAUGUGAUGAAUAUGGUCAUUCAGACUCCUGCUGGAUGCCAGUGCGCACUUCCCCAGAGAGGAAGAAGAGCCAGCCCAAACUCUCCACUUUCAUGCCUGUUGAUGAACGAGGAAGCCAGGAAAAGCUGGCCAAUGGCGAGGCUGCCAUCAUGGGUGACCGCAACAGAAACCUCCUGAACAAAAAAUUGACCUCAUCCUAUGAGACCUUCAGUGCAGCUAGUUUCAGCAAAAAUGAGGAAGCCAACCCUGAGGAUAUUCCUUUAACAAAAACAGGGGAAUAUAAGCCAUCUCCUGUCAACACUCUCACUAGAAGAGAAGUUUAUCUGUAGGUUGUCAAGGAGCAACAGCAAAGUUCUUUUCGUAUAUGAGGAGAGUUAGGGGCAAAAACAUUACUAAGUAAAACCAUUUAAUCACAAAGAGGGGGCUACCAAAGAGACAAAGCUUUGCCUGCCACUUCCGCCUCCAAAUCAGGCCUUUAGUGUUACUGUUUGCCUGAUGACAGUGUACAAAGUAGAAUCCAUUCUUGUCACUUGCAUGUCUACACCCUUCACUGAUCCCCAACACCCACCCUCUUUUCCCUACCCCUCCUCAAACCCAAAUAACAACAAAACAACAACAACAAAAGAUGGUUGCAAGUUCUUUUCAUGGUAACAAGUCUGAUUAGCAGAACAUAAUACACUCUCAUUACCCCUAAUCUGAAGCAUGAUUUUGGUCACUUUGAUUUGCUUGAGUGUCAUCUGGCUUGUUAAUAAAAGAAGGAUGGGUUAAAAAUAUACUACAGACUCUCAAUGCUUUAUUAUUGUUAAAGUCAGCCCAUUGAAAUUGAUUUUAAAAAAUCACUUUAAUGGUACAGUCCUUAUGUAGGGGACCCUUUGAGAAAGUAAUUUAGGGUGACAGCAGUUUAAUACUAUAACAAACAAAGAGAGUACAUAUUAAAACUCAGUUGAAGAAUGCAGUUCCAAGCUGCCAUAUGUUGUUAUUUUCAGGUCAAAGGCAUCGAUUUCUGUUCCAUACAUUUACAGAAUAUACUCACCCAAUCUUGACAAAAAAAUUACAUGAAUUAUAAUUUGUAAAAGUAUAUUUUGGAAUAGAAUCACUCAUGAAUGAACUUGAACUCUUAUGUCAUUAUGAGGCCAAAGAUCACAUGGCAGAUCAGGGAAAUAAUUAAAUUGAUUUGGUCUUGACAUAGAAAUCCACUAAACAACAGAAGGAACCUGUGCACACACAGAAACACUCAGAUGCUAGUUGGUUUUAUAUUUUAACUCUUCUUUCAGAAAAAGUCUUCUUUUUAAAAUGAACUUUAAUUAAAUGCUCAGAAAAUGAAAGAACUAACUAGACAUGUGUUGUCUUAUAAUAAGCCACUGAUCAAAGCCCAGGUCUACUCUCAUGUGUUACAGUCAGGGAAGAUUCUCCAUUUUAACGUCAUAUUGAUGCAUAGUGAGAUACAAGAAGACACACUGGGAUAUGAUUUCAUGAGUUCUCCUAUUGUCAUUUCUGGAUCCCAGAUGUUCUUGGAGAUCUUAUUAUCAUUUCUAAUUAUAAUUGUAUUUUUCACCUGGCCAGAACACAAGUGCAUUGAUUUCAAAUUCUGUGCAAUACAGAAGCAUUUUGAGACUCAAACACUUAAACAACAUAACACUUUAAUUGACAUGUCAUACUGUAAUUUGACUAUUAUUCAAUGUGCGUCUUAAACAAUCUCUGAACAUGAAAGAAUGAGUUCCGGACAAUAUUUUAUUUAACACAGUAUAUGCAUCUCAAAGUUGGAAAAUGUAUAGUUUUUUUCAAGAGAUACAGAAUAUGCAGAUUUUUGAAUGCUUUGCUCUAUGCAAGAUGAUUUAAGAAAACUGAAAUUUGAGCUGGGACAUUCAGACGAAUGUGACAAUCCAUGAUCAAUAUAGGGGAUGACAGGUAAAGAGAGCAAACGUUCUCAUCACCGAAUGCUAGUUACUUGGUUAAACCAUAGCCUUGAUGGCUUUCUACAAAACUGUAGAGACACUGUAGCUUUGGGCAGUUUCAUGCUUUGCAGAUUUUUCUUAGAUUAUAAGGUGAAGAAACCUAGACUAUAGGUUGAUAAUUCACUGUAGGUCAUCAACGUACUUAUCUUUGAGGAACUUUUCUCUGGUGGGUCUUUUGGGAUCAUUUCCUUAUGUUCUCUCUUAAAGUGGAAUUUUCAUUUUGAUGUUAGUUUAUGUAUAAUAGGUAGAAAGGAAAAAAUGUAAUUGAUAUAAAAACAUUGGACUAAAAUACCAAUAAUUGAACAUGUUCAUGUUUGGUUAUUAUUUACACUAUGGAAAGAUGAAAAUUCUAGAACUUUGUUAGGAAACUGCAUUCAAGCAGUUCUGCCUUGUAUAAUCUGUAAGUACCUAUUAAGACGAAAUACUUCUAAAGAUACUUAUGAAAAUGUAUACAUAUUUUUCUUGCACGUUACAAAGGAAAUAAUUGCAUAACACUGAUGUUCAACACUUUUUAUAUGCAUAUUUUCUUUCUUUCAUGGGACACUUGAAGCCACUAGAUAGCUCAUUUCACUCUUAAAAUCCUUUGGUUGUCUAUAAAGCUAAUACAGGUCACACUGGACCUUCAGAUUUAUUCAAUCCACAUUCCACGAUGACGUUUGCACCACAUGCCAGGCAGUCAUGUCAUUGUCCUUUAACGUGUGAACCUCUCUUUAGAGCUAAAAAUGGAUGUGAAAAGAAUAAAAUUCAGUGUACUGUAAGUAUUCGAAGUAAUUCUAGUAGAAUUAGUUAUCAUAACAUGUUUAUUAUAUAAUGAGCUGGCAUGACACAGAAAUAUAUUUUGUGUUUGUAUGACUUUUAUUUUGACUAGGUUAAAUCUGGUGCCACUCCAUAUAUAGAGUGCUUUUGAAAAAAAAAUAAAAACAAAAAAAAUAAAUAAAUGAGUGAAUGCAAGAUAAGCAACUGUGCCUUUUAUACCUCUUGUUAUGGUAAACAAGCAAGCAAACAACAAAUAAACAAACAAAUGAAUGGUUGUUGGGUUUGGAUAAUGAGGGGAAAUGGGCUAUUCCCAGCUUUUUUGAUCCUGUAUAUUUAUCCAUGUUUAUUUUCUGAGAAUAAAUAAUAUAUUAAAACUUUGCCUUCUGUCAAACUCAGAUAAUGGACCAGUCUUAAAUAUUGUUCUUUCAUAAAAUAAGAUUCAGGCAUUAAUAUGGGGCUGCUUAAAUAUCACUGGACAGUGAAAUCAUUGGUUAUAGAAUCACACAGGGAAAUACUAUCGGGUGAAAUCAGUCCAUUUUUUCAAGUUAGGAUAUUGAUUUAAAAGUUUUGAUUGUUGUUUUCUCUCUUUCAAAUAGUUUUUCAUUUUUGGUUGUACAGUAUAUAAACUCUCUUCGUUUUCUGUACACAGACUCUCAAGUGGACUUCUGCAUGAUAGUACAUUAGGACACAUUUACAAAUUGAGUAACUAUACAAACAUAUGUGUAUUUAAAUGUCUGUCUAAAAUUGACUGCUCUGUGUGAAUCUCGAGAGAGCAUUGUUGUCUGAUUUUUGUUUUUUUUUCCUUUUUUUUUUUAAACUGGCCUGUUGCCUGAGUUCCUGAAAAUGAAGGAGGCAUUAUUUUUAUGAGAGAAAGAACUAAGGUGGUACAGAGGAUGUUUGCCUGAAAGGCUACCCUGGGAGAUCGGGUUAGAGGAAAAUACAAAACGAAAUACACAAGCCAGAAAGAAACUGCCAGGAAUCAAACAGCCAUCUUAAAACAGUUGUGCAAAAUCUUAAGACCUAUGACAUCUCAAACUAUAGAUUAGAUCAGUAGUAGAUAAAUAGCGGCCUCUUUGAAAUAGGAAAUGAAAGGAACCAAGUUCAUCAGGGCUAUGAUAAAGCUAGUUAAUUUUGACCCAGGCGUGGUGUAUGUGACAUCUGGAUGGGGCAUCAUUCGUUCAGCUACCUAGGGUUUACUUUCAGACAACUUUUCCUACACUUUAAAGCACUUGCAUUCCGUGUGGUACGAUCUGUUUGUAAUGUUAAUCAUUGACUAUUGUUCUGCUACUUGGAUGUUGAUAGUGAAGCAGAGAACAAUUAAUCAUCAUUGAUUAUGUCACUAUGCACGCGACUUUGCUAAACAUGACGAAAUGUAUUAAACACUCGUCCAACUAUUUAUGAAAUACUUUACAUAAUUUAAUUUGCUUUUGUACAGUUUUCUGUAAAUAAAUUGCUUGUCAUUUUUGUCUUUACAAAUUAAAAUAUAACAUGAUCAAAUGGUUU